CCCCAACUACCUACUAUACCCUAAUUCGACCCCAGAUUCUUACGUUCGGGAUCAACAAGCCUUGUAAAAUGACCCGCCUCCUCAUCUUGUUGGCGGUUGACACCCCAUACAUGGAGUCUAGGGGCGCUGUUCCGGCCCCAGACGCUUGUAGACAUUGUGUAACAUGCACCCGUGGACGAUCAGUACAGGAAUAAACGUGAUCGUAUGGUGCAUUGACUUUGCUUAAGAUCUCGAGCUCCGCACGUAGCUUGAUCGGUACCUUAGACCUUCCUUCCACUUGUCUAUGGGACCCCACUAGCAAAAAUGGGUCUCUUCUACAAUGUCUGCCUGGCGGUGUUCGUCGCCAAUGGAAGCUUCCUGUUCGGCUACGAUUCAGGUGUGAUGACAAUUGUCAUACAAUCACAACACUUUCAGGACUUCUUUAAUGCCGACGACGCGUCAAACACCAUAGGCGCAAUCAAUGCUACUUUCUCUGGAGGAGCUGUAUUUGGCUCGCUGAUGGGGGGUUUCACAAUGGACAGUGUGGGUCGCAGGAAGACUAUUCUGAUCGGAGCCAUCAUCAACCUUAUCGGUGCCGUGCUUCAAACCUCAGCUCAGAACCUCGGCAUGAUUCUUGCUGGGCGUAUAAUGGCUGGCUGGGCUGUUGGUUUGCUUUCCAUGUCCGUGCCAGUCUACCAGUCUGAAUGCGCCCAUCCGAAGACUCGAGGCUUCAUUGUCGGUAUAGCUCAGCAGAUGAUCGGAAUCGGGUUUAUUGUCUCGACAUGGGUGGGAUAUGGAGCCUCGAAGGUCCCCGACACUAACUCGUUCUCUUGGCGGUUUCCUCUUGCGUUUCAAUGCGUCCCUUGCCUCUUCAUCAUCUGUGGUAUCAUGUUCUUUCCGGAAAGUCCACGUUAUCUCGUCGAAACCGACCGCACCGAUGAAGCGCUGAGAGUGCUGCACAAAUUGCAUUAUGAUGGUAGCAAUGAGGACUGGAUCAAUCAAGAAUUCAACGAAAUAAAACUCACCAUCGAGGCUGAAAAGGCAAUUACCGCGCCCGGCUGGUUAGUCAUGUUCAAGGUCGGACCCUGGCGCACACGAUUGCUACACGCCACCUCUAUUCAGCUUUUCGGACAAAUGACUGGCAUCAACGUAAUUGGUUACUAUUCUACCAUCAUGUAUCACAACCUAGGUAUCGAGGGUGACCGAGCUCUACUGGUGACUAGCAUCUACAACGUUGUUGGUCCGAUUUUCAACCUGAUUUUUAUCAUAUUCCUCGUUGAUCGAGUUGGAAGAAGGAAGCCUUUACUUUUCGGAACCAUCGGAAUCAGUAUCGCCUUGAUCUGCGAAGCUGCAGUGGGUUCGCAGGUUGAAGGAGCCACUGGAUCGCGCAAGAACGGCCUCUCUGCGGCAGGAGUGUUCUUCCUCUUCCUGGUCUCCUGCAUCUUCAGUGUUUCGUUCGGUCCAAUCUCUUGGAUAUAUGCUUCUGAAAUCAUGCCGCUUAGUAUUCGCGGACGCGGCUCGGCUUUUGCAACAGGUAUUGGUAAUUGGCUCGUCGGUACCGUGUGGUCGCAGGUCUCCCCUGUUGGUCUUGGACGUACCAAGUGGAAGUUUUAUUUCAUAUUCGUGGCCUGGAACUUACUCAUAACAUUUCCAGUCAUCUUCUUCUUCUACAAGGAAACAAAGCAGAAGUCUCUCGAGGAGAUCGAUCUACUGUUCGGCGAGCGCGCGCUUGGAAUUUUACCUGAUGAUCUGGACGAUAAGCAGAAAGAAGUUGAACUGGAGCGGAUUGAGAACGCGAAGAAAGUUUUGGCCAAGGACCGGGUGACGGCAGUUCACUAGCGCAACAGAUGAUGGUUGACCUUGGGGUGGUUACAUACUGAGGGUCGGGCUGAGGAUCUAGCACGCAGUAGCCGUGCAUAGCAGGUAGAUAGCACUCAG